AUAAAUAAUUAUCUUAGUUUCUGUUCUAACGACGCCUCCCUGCGUUUGGAUUCAGUGGUAGGUUCUUCAAAAGGGGAACCCUUUCACCACUACUUCUUGAAUCCAUAUCGGAGGCGAGGCGUUUCCGAUACUAAUGUAAUGUAACUUUGUCCUUGACAUCCAUUGUUUUUUUCUCCUUCAAAAUUACUGCAACGACAUUUGAGAAUAUAAUGCAAGAGAUAAGAUCAAAGAUGAGAAGCAAGAGCGGUUUUAGUUUUUUCUCUAAGAUAACUUCUUCUAAGAAGAGGCCUUCUCUCUCGAUACCUAGCAAGAGUUACGAUUUGUCAGGGAUCGACAAAACAACCGAUAACGCUGCUGAGAUCAUCGAAAAAUGGAACACCGAGUAUGUUUCUCCGAACAAAUUUUAUUCUCUGUUUUAUGAGAGCAAGCGUGAUGCGAAGAAGUUCGUGAAGCGCGUUAAGGAAUUACAAAACGCGAUGGAUUUAUUGAUUAGAGAGGACCCGAAUUCAGAGACACUCCUUAGAGCUCAAAAACUGAUGCAGAUUGCUAUGAAACGGCUUCAAAACGAGUUUCUCCAAAUUCUAACAAUGAAUCGUGCGCAUUUGGAUCCUGAAUCUGUCUCCACUAGAUCACCUACCUCUGUCAUGUCCAACGAUGAAGAUGCUUGGCACGAGUAUCGUUCGGCUGGAGAUUCCAUCAUGGAAGUUGAGGAGGUGUCAAAGAACUCUAGGAAAGAGCUCAAGUCCAUUGCAGAGUGCAUGAUCUCUGCUGGUUACGCAAAAGAGUGUGCCAGUACUUAUAAAUCCAUCAGAAAAUCUAUAGUUGACGAAUCCCUUUACCGUCUCGGAGUUGAGAAAAUCAGUUCUUCCAAAGCGAAAAAGAUGCCAUAUGAGGUUGUUGAGUUGAAGAUGAAGAGAUGGAUAGAGGCAGUUAAGGUCUCGAUGAAGACCCUCUUCACUAGCGAAAAGAGUCUUUGCGAUGAAGUUUUUGAGUCCUCUGCUUCUCUUAAAGAGUCUUGUUUUAAAGACAUCUCUAAGGAAGGAGCUCUUCUUCUGUUUGGAUUCCCUGAAAUAAUUGCCGUAAGAGACAAGAAAAAUCCACAUAUGAAGAAGAUUUUUCCGUUACUAGAUAUGUAUUGCGUGAUCACAGAGAACUUGCUUGCCAUCGAAGUUAUUUUCUCGUUUCCAUCAAUUUCGGCUGUUCGAACUCAAGCUCAUAUCUCACUUAGCCGUCUUAGUGAGUCGAUCCUUUCGCAUUUGGUUGAGUAUGAAUCUGAAAUACGUAAAGACUCGUCGAAGACGAUGGUUCCUGGUGGAGGAGUUCAUCCAAUGACUAUCUCCACAAUGGACCACAUCUCUCGACUCUCGGAAUACAGUAGUUCUCUCAUGGACAUCCUCAACGGAUCAACAUCAUCUUCUUCUAAAUCACUGCUUCCAAAAUCUUACUUCAAUGUCACGGAAUCCGAUGAAUCUCCAACGUCGGAGCUAAGAGUACGAUUCGCGUGGCUCAUUCUUGUUCUCCUUUGCAAAAUCGACGGCAAAUCUGAGAUUUAUAAAGACUUCUCCAUGCAGUAUCUCUUCUUAGCCAACAAUCUCCAACACGUGGUCUCAAAAGCGAGCUCCACGAACCUGAAGCAGCUCCUCCGCGACGACUGGAUCACAAGACAUUUUGAGAAAGUUAAGCAGUUCGCUAAGAGCUACGAACGGCUAGCAUGGGGUCCAUUGGUGUCGAUGUGUCCGGCGAUAAGUACUUCUGAGGCAUUGGAUAUGUCGCCGGAGGAAGCGAAGAUGCAAUUCGAAAAGUUCAUCGAGAGCUUCGAGAACACAUGCGAGGCACAUAGCGAGUGCGUCGUACCGGAUCCAAAACUAUUGGACGAGAUGAAAUAUUCGAUCGGGAGAAAACUCUUGCCGAUAUACCGCGAUUUUUACAACGCACAUAGAAACGCAGUGAUAUUGGUAGGAAGAGAAGAUGGGUGGAAUGUCCGAUAUACCCCUGAAGAUAUCGAAAACCGCUUGUCGGAGCUGUUUUCCGGCAAGGGUAUUUUGGAUAAUCGAUAUGUUUGUACUGCAGAUUUAUGUCUUGUUAGAACAGCUACUUCUCCAACUCCCAGACGAAAGACACGAUCUUUGUCAUGCAGAAGAUUUUGAAGGGGGAAAAAAUAAUUUUUCCUGUCAUUUUUUUUCUCCCUAAUAUUAUCGUAUGUAAUAACAUCUUUACUGAUGUGAUUAAAAGUGUAACGCUUUACGACAUACAAGUAACACGGUAUGAGGUAUUGUAACUACCAUUAAAUCGUCAUUUAAAAAAAUAAAUGCGACGAUG